GCAAACGAAGUGCCAGUGUUUAUCUGUCCUUUCUUCUUGCAUGUCCCAGUUAAGUUCUCGCUAGCUAUUUCUUGCUACUGAACUUGUAGCUCUCUGCUCACAGAAGCGUCAAACUUCAUCAAGAGGAUUCAAGCAAUCUCCCAUCUCGACUUACUACAUGAUCCUUGAGACAUUUGUUAGCUUAGUUGUCAAAUAUGGCUUUUGCUUACAGUUCCAAGCCGCUUCGCUAGUCAUAUUUCAAUUGUAAUGCGACUUCGAAACCUUGACCAGCAUUUGCUUCACGGAGAAGUGUUUGCGUAACUAUGGCAAUGACAGGUCAAACAUCUUGUUCCUCAAUGAGCAACCACACUAAGGAGCGUGUCACGCUGGCAAAGGUCACCCUGGAGAACUUCUACAGCAACUUGAUAUCCCAACAUGAGGAGAGAGAGAUGAGGCAGCAGAAGCUGGAGAAGGUAAUGGAUCAGGAGGGGCUAGGUGAUGAAGAGAAGCGCCAACGACGCUCUCAGCAUGCAAGGAAAGAGACAGAAUUUCUCCGUCUUAAGCGAACACGUCUUGGACUAGAUGACUUUGAGUCACUCAAGGUGAUUGGUCGUGGUGCCUUUGGAGAGGUGCGUCUAGUUCAGAAGAAAGACACAGGCCAUGUAUAUGCCAUGAAGAUCUUGCGCAAGGCUGACAUGCUUGAGAAAGAACAGGUUGGCCAUAUCCGGGCAGAAAGGGACAUUCUGGUGGAGGCAGACAGUCUGUGGGUGGUCAAGAUGUUUUACAGCUUUCAGGAUAAGAUGAACCUCUACCUCAUAAUGGAAUUCCUACCUGGGGGAGAUAUGAUGACUUUGUUGAUGAAGAAAGACACUCUGACAGAGGAGGCUACCCAGUUUUACAUUGCUGAGACUGUACUAGCCAUUGACUCCAUUCACCGGUUGGGUUUCAUCCACAGAGACAUCAAACCUGACAACCUGCUACUGGAUUCAAAGGGCCAUGUAAAGCUGUCUGAUUUUGGCCUGUGUACGGGACUGAAGAAAGCUCACAGGACAGAAUUUUACAGGAACCUCAACCACAGCUUGCCUAGAGACUUCACAUUCCAAAACAUGAACUCAAAGAGAAAAGCAGAAACAUGGAAGAGAAAUAGGAGACAGCUGGCUUUUUCUACUGUUGGAACACCAGAUUAUAUUGCCCCUGAGGUUUUUAUGCAAAAUGGGUACAAUAAACUGUGUGACUGGUGGAGCCUUGGGGUCAUCAUGUAUGAAAUGCUCAUAGGCUACCCACCUUUUUGCUCAGAGACCCCUCAGGAGACAUAUAGGAAGGUGAUGAACUGGCGAGAAACGCUGACCUUUCCUCCAGAAGUUCCCAUCUCAGAGAAGGCAAAGGAUCUUAUCCUCAGGUUCUGCUGUGAGAGUGAAAACAGAAUUGGUUCUUCUGGAGUGGAAGAGAUCAAGUCCAAUCCUUUCUUUGAGGGUGUGGACUAUGACCAUAUCAGAGAGAGACCUGCUGCCAUUCCAAUUGAGAUUAAAAGCAUAGAUGACACCUCUAACUUUGAUGAGUUUCCAGAGUCUGACAUCUUGCAGCCAUCAGCCACAGUUGUGUCCAACCACAGUGAUGUGAAUUUGAAGAACAAAGACUGGGUCUUCAUUAACUACACAUACAAGCGCUUUGAGGGCCUGACUGCUCGGGGGGCUAUUCCUUCCUAUAUGAAAUCAGGAAAGAGAUAAGCUCUUAACUCGCUGGGUUCUUGUGGACAUAGUGUUUUUCUACAAGGAUUGUCUUCCCUGUUACUUCUCAUUGCUGCAGAUUUGUUGUUCUGCAUCUCCAGAAUCAUCCCGUUUUACCCACUCUGCAAUGAGUCAAUAUGGUGGUGGACCUCUUUUCUUCCAGCACUGGCUGGUUCUUUUUUCUAGCUUCUUCAGUUGAAGCUUUUUAGCUGAUGUAAGAUUUAGGGCUAACUGCAGUUGAAUCCUGUUUUUCCCACAUAAUAGAGGUUUUUUUCUUUUUUUUUUUCUUUUUUUUUUUGGUCUGUCCACCCUCAAAGAGAUUGCUUUUAUACAAAGUGUGACCUUGAACCCUGCUUGGCUUCAGUCUCCAUCAUGACCUUUUGUUUAAAGUAAAUGGAAAAUGAGAAGAGGAAUCUCUCUGUAAUCUUUUCAAAGUCCAUACAUUUGGAUUCAUUUGUUUUUUAGCUCCACUUUUUUAAUAGAACUUGCUUAGACACUUGCCACCACAGACUUCAGCCUGCUAACAACGGCACAACUCGAUGGGCUUUUCUAAUGGUUAUCCAAAUUGUGGUCACUGUUUGAAAAGCUCAAAAUGCAUUUGAAUCUGCCCAUCAGAAGCAGACAUUGCCUUAUAUUUGAAUACUACAUGAAUGUUCCAGUAAUCACCUUUUACACCAGCAAAAUAUCACAAAUAGCCUGUCGUACUGCUGCAAACUGAACCAAAAGUUUAUUUGUACAUUUCCAAAGUACAUCAGCCAGCCAAGAUGACCAACUGAAAUUCUAUGGACCACAAUAUACACCACAAUGUUUCGUUUACAUCACUGGAGCGGCUUUAUGUAAUAUUUCUAAAUUAAACCGGUAUUUAUACUCUUGAAAAUCUCUGUUCCUUAAAACAGAUCACUUAUGUACCCUGUUCCGUUUUUGAACAAACCCAUCUAGACUUUAGCAUAAAUAAAAGGAACAGCACAGUUCAGAGUGAACUGAACUUGUUUAUUAAAAGAUUAUAUACUGACCAGUCUUCCAUGUUGAUACUGGACAGAAAAGCAUGCUGUCUUAGUAAGGAAAGCUAUAUUUUACCAAAGACUUGAUUUGUAACAGCUAUGGCUCCUGGUGAAGAGUCCAGUUUAUGCCUUUGAGCAGCUUAGUUUGUUCUUGAGCUUUGAGAAUGUUUUCUAUUUUGUAUGUUUGGUUAAAAACAGCAUUAAAUUACUGUGUCUAGGGAUUGUCUUUUGCUAAUAAUUCAAGAAUUGCCUAUUAUUAAAGUCAUUGAACAGUAUUUGACAAUAUUAUUGUUGCAAUAAUUAAAGCAAUCUUAGGAGUAGGUAUUUGCAUUAUUGUAUACAUGUAGGAGGUUACUUGGUGCAUUGUGAUUGCAAGGGCAUGUAUAUAAUUAUAGAAAAUUAGGAAAUUAAAGUUUUGUUUGGUUUUUUUUGAAGUAGGGAAUUGCAAUGUAGUCACUAUACACUGUAGGUCUCAGGUCUUUGAGCUGCUUGCUUGAUGGCAUCUUACUCUGAUGGCUUUCAGUAGCUUUCUUCAUCAGCAUAUAUUUGAAAUGGAAUCCUUUGCCCGACAACCUUAGCUGCAAUUUGAGUGUGGUUGUAUCAUUAAAUUAUCAUGCUGUAGGUGUGUGCUACAAAGACACAUCAAGGCUUGAAUAUAUCUUAAGAUUAUGCAUUGGCUUUUGAGGUUCACCUGCUGGAUUUACUGGAUUUGCAAAAAGAAGAUUUGAAACAAGCUUUUAAAGAAGUCAUUUUUUGACUGGUUAGGAAGUUUGCCAUAUCUGAAUUGUCAUGUGUUCUGCCUGUCUGUGAAACAGGUCACAUCAAUAACUAAAUAAAUAAUGGUGUGCAUGGCCUCAUAAAGAAUGUGCAAGAUUGUAUGUCUUUUUUUUUUUUUUUUUUUUUUCUUUUUUUUCCCCCCAAAAUGCUGUAGGCUUUUGUAGAGCAAAACGGGGUGCAGUAUAGUGUGCUGUAAAUCCUUUUUUUUUUUGCUCCUGUGAGAACAUUAGAUACACGCUGCAGUCUUUGUGUUCUGACACAUGCUUUUACAUGAGUGCUGCUGGAUGGCAUGGAGAUUUACAUUUUUUUUUUAUUAUUAUUUUUUUUUCCAUUUAUACUCCGCCUUGGUGGUAAUCAUUCCCCCAGAUCCAGCAUUGUGGAGUCAGAAUAUUGGGGAGACUCAAUGUUUUAAUGCUUGUGAUUGAUUUUAACUGUUAGUGAGAACAUGUCUGAUCAGAUUAGACAGUUCUGCAGCUGGUGCCCUCAUAAUCUGUGUGAAAGUCAACAUGCUGGAACAAAACCAUGCCUAUCAGGAGAAGCUGAUCUUCUGUUUAAUCUUAACAUUUUAUUGUCCUUUUGAUUUGCUUUGCUGGGUUGAAGAUGUCUGGUGUUAUGCAGAGAUUGUUUAGUUGUCUACAGGAAAAUUUAUCUUGAUUCUCGAGGUCUUGAUGGUCUUUUUUUGACCAUUAAUCUUGGAAUUUUGGGAACAUUGUUAGACACAGUUACGUAUUUAGUCAUGAGUGAACAUUGCACAUUUUUGUUAUUUUCCUUGUAUGUACAAUACACUUAAAAGGAUGUUGAAUGGUUCACAAACACAAUGGUUGACUAAUGUUUGUUUUGUAAACAGACAAAUAUAAAGUAGGUUAGUAGCUUUGUGAAUAUUUCAGAAUAUUUUUAUACGUACUACCAGCUUGCGGAAUAAAACCAAUGUGUAUGUAUGUUUUGAGAGGGUUUGUGUUGUGAAAGAUAUAGGGCUUAUUUAUUCAAACCAAGACCUACACAAAACUAAGGUAGAGUGCGGAACUUGUCCAGGAGGGGCUUACUUGUAGCCUAGACGACUCUUACUGUUCACUUAAAAUCCAAAGUAUAAUCUGAAAAUCAUUCUCCUACCUUCAGUGUUUGUAAAUAAGGCUCAUGGUUUUUAAAAUGUUGCAAACUACUGUGAGAUGAAGUAAUGGGACCUCUCUCUGCCUUAAGAUUUGGUUUGAGAAGUUUGUAGGUUGUAAGUAUACUUGCUAGAGCACCUUUCACUGGGUUGUUAUUAAAAGUAUUUGUGGUGAGCGCACACAUUUAACCUGUAAAGGAUCUUCAAUAAAACACCACUUAAUUUAU